AUUGUUUGUGAAGAUUGCAGGAUAUUUUUAAAUCCAACUUCUGCGUGGAAUCAGAGUGUUCUUUAACAAAGUAUUUUCUAUGACUAAUCAAUAUAUAUGAAUAUUUCCGUAUUUCAUUUUUGUUGAAGAAAAGACUGUCUAAAAUGUCAAAAAGUCUAGUUUUUAAUCUAUCGCAAGGAAUGUGCAUAUACAUUUGAAGGUGGAAUAAUAAUUUAAAGACCACCCUAUAUACUAAUAUAUUAACUGUUGGGAAGAUCAUUUUAUUAAAUGAUGCAUAAUUUAUUUUCUUGAUGAUUCCUUUCUUUGUCGAAAUACAAAUCAUCUGCUUUAAUUAUUUUCCUUGAAGUCAAAAGCCAAGAGGUCGCUUUGCGGGAUUUUCCAUCUAUUUAUCCAAUUCUUCUAUCAAAGAGGAGGGAACGUUGUGUUAUAAAAAUGGGAAAGAGUUAUCUUCCCUGGUGUUUACUACAACUUGCACUGGACUGGGACAAUACUUAAUUUUCUACAACGAAAGAUUCUCAAAUGUUUCUUAUCCUGAUGGAUACGAAAUGACAAUCUAUACGGAACUAUGUGAGGUUUUAGUGCACGGUAUGAGUGCAAAUAUAUAACAUAUGUGUAAGAAGUUAUAAAAAAGCGGUUUUCUCUGAAAUAUAUAAUUUGCUAGCAAAAAUAAUCAAUAGAAAUGGAAUGAAGUAUUUCAUUCGACAUCAAGUUUGUUUUUUAUUCUUGUAUUUUUGUGCCCGUGAGGUUGUACGAGAACAGGGCUGUAUGGGGAAAACUGCGAACUACCGUGUCCUGAUAAUUGUCUUGGAAGAACAUGCAAUAUUUGGAACGGGACAUGCAUGGGUUGUCAAAGUGGAUGGACCGGCGACUUCUGCAAAAAAAGAUGCCCCUUUGGAUCAUAUGGAUUAGAGUGCCAAUACACGUGUGCAGGUCGCUGCAAAAAUAAUGAGCCGUGCAAUCAUGUGACAGGUGUUUGUAAUGGAUGUGCUGCAGGAUGGUCUGGGACACAUUGUGAGAAAGAGUGUGAUGUUGGAGAAUAUGGACCAGAUUGUGUUCAUAACUGCAGCGGAAACUGUCAGAACAAUACGCCAUGUGGGAGGGAGAAUGGACGUUGUUUCACUGGAUGUAUUCCAGGGUACAUGGAUGAUACAUGUGAUAAAAAAUGCCCCUUUGGAUCAUAUGGAUUAGAGUGUCGAUACCCCUGUACAGGUCGUUGCAAGAAUAAUGAGUUUUGUAAUCACAUGAAAGGUACUUGUGAUGGGGGAUGUACAGCGGGAUGGUUAGGGACGCAUUGUGAAAAAGAAUGUGAUGUUGGAAAGUAUGGACCAAACUGUAUCCAUAGCUGCAGUGGUUACUGUAUGGACGACACUCCAUGUAACAAGGACAAUGGACGCUGUGAGACGGGGUGUAUUCCGGGGUACAUGGGCGAUAUCUGUAAUCAAAUUAUUUUUUUCUGUUUCGAAUGUCCCCCCGGAUCCUACGGAAUAAAUUGUCAGUAUAUAUGCAGUGGACAUUGUGUUAAUGAUGAGAUCUGUAAUAGAUAUGAUGGCAGUUGUUCUCGGGGAUGUCAAGAACCGUAUAUUGGCCUCGCAUGUGACUUCUAUCACGAUACAUCGACCAGUGCCUCCACUAUAACACUUGCGGUAUUGCUUUCACUGAUUGGAACAGUCCUUGUAUGUGUUGGUACAAUAUCGAUGCGGCAAAGAUACUGCGAGAAAUCGGACAAGAUAAACGAACCUGUUGGGGAGGUCACAGUAAACGAAAUGUUUUCAACUUUGGAAAUCAGUGUAACAGACGAACCACAAAGUUAUGAGGAACUUAGUGUGUCUCACAAUAGGAAUGCAUACCAAGACUUAAAUGUACUAGACGUUAGGAAUGCUUAUCAGAACUUGGAAUUUGCAGCUUAAGUUGGAAAGAUCAAAACUUGUAACUUUCUAUACAAUAGAACUCAUCAACAGUUAGCUUUAUCUGAACUUUGAAUAUAGCUGUAAUGAAGUGCGUGGAUUGUUGACUUCUCAUUAAAUUUAAGU